AUGUCUCUGUCUAUCGAAGAGCUUGACGCCACAGUCCGCGCCUUCUACGAGGGUCGCGGCGAGACUUUCAAAGAGAACCCAGACGCAUGGCUUCUCGUGGACAAGAUUCUACAAGAUGCGCAGUACCCACAAACAAAAUACCUGGGCCUACAGGUUCUCGACAAUGUCAUCAUGACUAGGUGGAAGGUGCUGCCUCGUGACCAAUGUCAAGGUAUUCGCAACUUUGUUGUAAACUUCAUCAUCCAGCUCUCCAACAACGACGAUAGUCGCCGCACCGACCGCACCCUCUUGAACAAGCUGAAUCUCGUGCUUGUGUCGAUCCUCAAGCAAGAAUGGCCCCACAACUGGCCGACCUUCAUCAACGAGAUCAUCUCCUCGUGCCAUAGCAGCUUGGGCAUAUGCGAGAACAACAUGGUCAUUCUGAGGCUCCUGUCCGAGGAGGUCUUCGACUACUCAGAAGAGCAGAUGACCUCGUCCAAGCGACGAGAGUUGAAGCAGAGCAUGUGCGACGAGUUCACAUCCAUCUAUCAGCUGUGCUCCGAAGUUCUGCGAACAGCGACCGAGGCCUCGCUCAUCAAGGCGACUCUCGAGACCCUACUGCGUUUCCUCAACUGGAUUCCGCUCGGCUACAUUUUCGAGACACCCCCCAGCGGCCAGAGUCUUAUUGAGACGCUCCGAAGCCGCUUCCUCGAAGUGCCCGACUUCCGCAACAUCACCCUCAAGUGUUUGACUGAAAUUGCUGGUCUUCAUACCGAGCCCGCAUACGACGACAAGCUAGUUUCAAUGUUCACGGAGACUCUGACCGCGAUCUCGAAGAUCAUCCCUCUAUCACUAGACCUCAAGAGCACAUACGCAUCCAGCAACAGCAGAGAUCAAGAAUUCGUGCUGAACCUCGCUCUCUUCCUUACUAACUUCUUCACGAUGCACCUGAACGUCAUCGAGAACUUAAUGAACAGGGACUUCCUCACACACGGUCACUUCUACCUCAUCCGGAUAAGUCAGAUCGACGACCGCGAGAUCUUUAAGAUCUGUUUGGAAUACUGGACCAAGCUUGUCUCAGAGCUCUACGAUGAGAUGCAGGCUCUGCCAAUCACCGACAUGAACCCUCUCCUCAACAUGGGCAUCGCCACUGGCCCUCGUGAUUCUAACAUGAUGGCAAACUACCCGCUGCGCAAGAACAAGUACACAGAGAUUCUGUCGAAUCUGCGGACUGUAAUGAUCGAGAAGAUGGUCAGGCCUGAGGAGGUUCUGAUCGUGGAGAACGACGAGGGUGAAAUCGUUCGCGAGUUCGUCAAGGAAAGCGACACUAUCCAGCUGUACAAGUCCACUCGAGAGUGCCUUGUCUUCCUUACUCAUCUGGACGUAAACGAUACCGAGCAGAUCAUGUCCGAAAAGCUAGCACGCCAAGUCGAUGGCUCCGAAUGGUCAUGGGCGAACUGCAACACUCUGUGCUGGGCUAUCGGUUCUAUCUCCGGUGCCAUGAACGAAGAGACGGAGAAGCGUUUCUUAGUCACCGUCAUCAAGGACCUACUCGGUUUGACUGAGAUGAAGCGCGGAAAGGACAACAAAGCCGUUGUCGCCAGUAAUAUUAUGUAUAUCGUUGGCCAAUAUCCUCGAUUCUUGAAGGCGCACUGGAAGUUUCUCAAGACUGUUGUCAACAAGCUCUUCGAGUUCAUGCACGAGACGCACGAGGGUGUCCAGGACAUGGCUUGCGACACUUUUAUCAAGAUAGCGAACAAAUGUCGGAGACAUUUCGUUGCGCUACAACCUGGCGAGACCGAGCCAUUCAUUGACGAAAUCGUUCGCAACCUCCGGAAAAUCACCGCCGAUCUGUCGCCUCAGCAAGUCCAUACUUUCUACGAGGCUUGUGGUUACAUGAUCAGCGCUCAAGGACAGAAGGGCAUGCAGGAACGCUUGAUUGCCGACCUCAUGGCCUUGCCAAACUCUGCUGACUCCGAGGUCAUCAAGAUCGUCGGCAACAUCAUGAAGACUAAUGUUGCUGCUUGCGGCUCAAUAGGAUCCUACUUCUAUCCUCAGAUCGGCCGGAUUUAUUUCGACAUGCUUACCAUGUACCGAGCUAGCUCUCAGCUCAUUGACGAAGCUGUUCAGCGAGAUGGCAACAUCGCGACGAAGAUGCCCAAAGUCCGCGGUCUUCGGACCAUCAAGAAGGAGAUCCUCAAGCUUAUCAACACUUACGUGGAGAAGGCUGACGAUCUGGAGAUGAUCCACAACAACAUCGUGCCCAAGCUGCUCGAGGCUGUUUUGAUUGACUACAAGAACAACGUGCCAGACGCCCGAGAGGCAGAGGUUUUGAAUGUUAUGACCACGAUCAUCAACAAGCUACAUGUACACACAUGGUUGGGCUCGCUCAGGUGGACUAUGAACAUCGCUGACUAUAACGAACAGAGCAUGAUGGAAGAUCAAAUCAUCAACAUCAUGGACAGCGUUUUCGAGUGCACCCUCGACAUGAUCAACAAGGACUUCUCUGAAUACCCUGAGCACCGUGUCGAGUUCUUCAAGCUUUUGCGAACGAUCAACCUCCGAUGUUUCCCCGCCUUGCUGAGGCUCGACGCCCGUUCGUUCAAGUUCGUUAUCGACUCUUGCAUGUGGGCCAGCAAGCACGACAACCGCGAAGUUGAGAGCGCUGGUCUCUCUAUGUGCUUCGAGCUGGUCUCCAACAUGGCCGAUACCGAUCCGCAGACCUGCAACUCGUUCUUCCAGACAUUCUUCACCACCAUCUUGCAGGAUGUCUUCUUCGUCGUUACCGACAGCGACCACAAGGCCGGCUUUAAGUCCCAGUCGAUGCUGCUGGCCAAGAUGUUCUGGCUCGUGGACUCCGACAAAUUGCAGGGCCCAAUAUACACAUCGCCAGACAUGGCUCCCGCGGGUACAUCGAACCGCGAGUUCCUGCGAAACUUUGUUGGUAACCUGCUGGCGACAGCCUUCCCCAACCUUCAAACUGCUCAAAUCGCAUCGUUCAUCGAUGGUCUCUUCGCCACUAAUUCCGACCUCAACCGUUUCAAGAUCAUUCUCCGCGACUUCCUCAUCUCACUGAAGGAAUUCUCCGGAGACAACGCUGAGUUGUUCGCGGAAGAGCGCGAGCAGGCGGCAACCAAGGCAAAAGAGGAGGAGCGUGAGCGAGCUAUGAAAGUUGGUGGGCUGUUGAAGCCGUCUGAGAUGGACGACGACGAGUUGUGACUGAACGUCGAGUUGGACG